UGACCACAAUUCUUACAACACAAACCAAAACAAGAAAAAUAAACCAACGUAAAAGCGUUGGUAGAGAAAAGGCAAAUCACAAUGAGAUCUUCUUCAAGGAUGGGGUCUUCAACCCAUCUCAUCUACGCUCUAGGCGUGAUCAUCAUGGCAACAAUGGUUGCUGCGUAUGAACCAGUGACAUUGCCACCACUCCCGUCAUAUUCACCAUCUCCAAAGGUAGAAUACAACACUCCUCCCCUACCGUACAUUAGCAGUUCUCCACCACCACCAACAUACUAUUCUCCAUCACCAAAGGUUGAUUACAAAUCUCCACCACCACCAUAUGUCUACAGUUCUCCACCACCACCACCAUAUUAUUCACCAUCUCCAAAGGUUGAGUACAAAUCUCCUCCUCCACCAUAUGUCUACAAUUCUCCACCACCACCAUACAAUUCACCAUCUCCUAAGGUCGAGUACAAAUCUCCACCACCACCAUAUGUUUAUAGUUCUCCUCCACCACCUCCUUACUACUCUCCAUCACCAAAAAUAGAUUACAAGUCUCCUCCACCACCAUAUGUCUACAGUUCUCCACCACCACCACCAUAUUACUCACCAUCUCCCAAGGUUGAAUACAAGUCUCCUCCACCACCAUAUGUCUAUAGUUCUCCACCACCACCUCCGUAUUAUUCUCCAUCACCGAAGGUAGAUUACAAAUCUCCUCCUCCACCAUAUGUCUACAGUUCUCCACCACCACCGUACUAUUCUCCAUCUCCUAAGGUAGACUAUAAGUCUCCUCCACCACCAUAUGUCUACAACUCCCCUCCACCACCUUAUUACUCUCCAUCACCUAAAGUAGACUACAAGUCUCCACCACCACCAUAUGUUUACAGUUCUCCACCACCACCAUAUUACUCUCCAUCUCCCAAAGUAGACUACAAAUCACCUCCUCCACCAUAUGUUUACAAGUCCCCUCCAACACCAUAUGUCUACAAUUCUCCACCACCACCACCAUAUUAUUCUCCAUCUCCUAAGGUAGACUAUAAGUCUCCUCCACCACCAUAUGUCUACAACUCUCCUCCACCACCUUAUUACUCUCCAUCACCUAAAGUAGACUACAAGUCUCCACCACCACCAUAUGUUUACAGUUCUCCACCACCACCAUAUUAUUCUCCAUCUCCCAAAGUAGACUACAAGUCUCCACCACCACCAUAUGUUUACAGUUCUCCACCACCACCAUAUGUCUACAGUUCCCCACCACCACCACCAUAUGUCUACAGUUCCCCACCACCACCUCCAUACUACUCCCCAUCACCGAAGGUUGACUAUAAAUCUCCUCCUCCACCAUAUGUCUACAAUUCUCCACCACCACCAUACUACGCUCCAUCUCCAAAAGUAUACUACAAGUCUCCUCCACCACCAUAUGUUUACAGUUCCCCACCACCACCAUAUUACUCACCAUCGCCUAAGGUUGUAUACAAAUCUCCUCCACCCCCAUAUGUCUAUAGUUCGCCUCCACCACCAUACUAUUCACCUUCUCCAAAGGUACACUAUAAAUCUCCACCACCACCUUAUGUUUACAGUUCUCCACCACCACCAUACUACUCACCUUCCCCUAAGGUACACUACAAGUCUCCACCACCACCAUAUGUCUACAGCUCUCCACCACCACCAUACUACGCUCCAUCUCCAAAAGUAUACUACAAGUCUCCUCCACCACCAUAUGUUUACAGUUCCCCACCACCACCAUAUUACUCACCAUCUCCAAAGGUUGUAUACAAAUCUCCUCCACCUCCAUAUGUCUAUAGUUCUCCUCCACCACCAUACUAUUCACCUUCUCCGAAGGUACACUACAAAUCUCCACCACCACCUUAUGUUUACAGUUCUCCACCACCACCGUACUACUCACCUUCCCCUAAGGUUCACUACAAGUCUCCACCACCACCAUAUGUUUACAGCUCUCCACCACCGCCAUACUAUUCACCAUCCCCUAAAGUACCAUACAAAGCGCCAAAACACCCUCAUGUAUGUGUUUGUCCACCACCUCCUCCAUGUUAUAGUCCAUCACCAAAGACAGUAUACAAAUCUCCACCACCACCGUAUGUCUACAGUUCUCCACCGCCACCGUAUUACUCACCUUCUCCAAAAGUGUACUACAAGUCACCACCACCACCACCAUACUACUCACCAUCUCCUAAGGUAGAGUACAAGUCUCCUCCACCACUAUAUGUUUACAGCUCACCACCACCGCCAUACUACUCACCAUCUCCUAAAGUAAACUACAAAUCUCCUCCACCACCAUAUGUCUACAGUUCUCCACCACCACCACCAUACUACUCACCUUCUCCAAAGGUUGAUUAUAAGUCUCCUCCACCACCAUAUGUCUACAGUUCUCCACCACCACCAUACUACUCACCAUCGCCUAAGGUAGACUACAAAUCUCCUCCACCACCUUACGUCUACAGUUCUCCACCACCACCGUACUACUCACCUUCCCCUAAGGUUUACUACAAUUCUCCUCCACCACCGUACGUUUACAGCUCCCCUCCACCACCAUAUUACUCACCUUCCCCUAAAGUGUACUACAAGUCUCCUCCACCACCAUACGUUUACAGUUCUCCACCACCACCACCAUAUGUCUACAACUCACCACCACCACCACCAUACUACUCACCAUCUCCUAAAGUAGAGUACAAGUCUCCUCCACCUCCAUACGUCUACAGUUCUCCACCACCACCAUACUACUCACCUUCCCCAAAAGUUGAGUACAAAUCUCCACCACCCCCAUAUGUCUACAGCUCUCCACCACCACCACCAUACUAUUCACCAUCUCCUAAAGUAGACUACAAAUCUCCUCCACCACCAUACGUCUACAGUUCUCCACCACCACCAUACAUCUCACCUUCUCCAAAAGUUGAGUACAAAUCUCCACCACCACCUUCGUAUUACUGAAAACCAGUAAAUGCGGGUCUUAAAUAAGCUUUCCAGUAUUAUUUGAUUUCAAAUCUUUUCUUCUUGUUACAUGUGUGCAAUCAGUUUCAAUUUUCUUGAGAAUGUGGACUAAUAACAUGGCUACAAUACUUUUAUAUGGUUUCGUAUGUUUUCUUUUAUUUAAUUUCUGCAAAGAUUUCUUGCGGUCUGUUUGUAAUUCUUUGCAAUGAGCCAAUGAUUAUGUAUUGCGUAUUCUUGACAAGGCAGCUUUGGAGAACCACCUAAUCCUUUUAACUUGA